GACACCUCUCUCUCUCUAAAGUUCUUGUCUUUUUAAAACCUCUCUCAUUCUUUCUCUCUAGAUUUGGGGAAUCAAGUUCAAGUUUGUUUGUAAUCUAGAGCGCUGUAAAGUUGGGGAGAGAGAGAGAGAGAGAGACAUAGAGUUGGAGUGCAAACUUGAACUCAAAAAAUAGCAGUCUUUCUUUAUGUUUAAAUAUCUGCACAGGGAACCAACAGAAGACAAGAUGGGUGUUCCUGAUCCAGAAGCGAUCAAGCAGUUUCAGUUGUUAAUGGAGAAAGUUGAUGAGCCGCUGAAGAACACAUUUGAGAAUGUGCACCAAGGGUAUCCCAACGAGACAUUUGUGCGGUUUCUUAAAGCAAGGGACUGGAAUGUUGCCAAAGCCCACAAAAUGUUGGUUGACUGUUUGCAAUGGAGGAUAGACAGCGAAAUUGACAAUAUAUUGGCGAAACCAAUCAUCCCUACUGAUUUGUACAGACAAGUGCGAGAUUCUCAGCUUCAGGGAUUGUCUGGUUACUCAAAAGAGGGUCUUCCUGUGAUUGCUGUUGGUGUUGGGCUCAGCACAUAUGACAACGCUUCUGUAAAUUACUAUGUUCAGUCACACAUCCAGAUGAAUGAAUAUCGAGAUCGUGUAGUUUUACCUUCUGCAACAAAGAAGUACGGAAAAUUUAUUGGAACCUGUGUGAAAGUGCUGGAUAUGACUGGCUUAAGGCUGUCAGCGCUUAAUCAUAUUAAGCUCUUGACUGUUACCUCCACAAUUGAUGACUUGAAUUAUCCAGAGAAGACAGAUACAUACUAUAUUGUCAAUGCCCCAUACAUAUUUUCAGCAUGUUGGAAGGUUGUAAAACCUCUUUUGCAAGAAAGGACAAGGAGGAAAAUCCAGGUUCUUCAAGGUUGUGGAAAAGAUGAAUUACUGAAAAUCAUGGAUUAUUCGUCCCUCCCACAUUUUUGUAGAAAACAGGGCUCUGGUUCAGCUCGAAAUUCAGAAAAUGGGCAAACUAGUAAUUGUUUCUCCCUGGACCAUGCUUACCAUCAAGAGCUGUACAAUUUUGUCAAGCAGCAAGCAAUGCGCAUGGAGUGUGUGGCACCAAUUAAACAGGGAUCAUUCCAUGUCAAUUUCCCGGAUUCCACCCCUGAUGAUGAAGAGAUUGCUAAAACCAUAGAGGCUGAGUUCCACAAGUAUGGAAACCAGAGCAGCCUCACCAAGUCACCAAGCGGCCUAAGAUUUAACCGAUCUUGAAUAGUUCCAUUUGUUAACCUGUAUGGUGGUUAUUAGUAUCUUAGCCUACAUGACAGUGUCAACAUUUCUAUGAGACCUGAAUGUUGUUGUCAUGUUAAAUCUGUGUAAUAGUGCAUGCUUGCAUCAGCUCGAUGCACCUUUAUGACAAGCUAAUCCGGUGUCGUCUGCAGU